AUGGCCACCAGGCCAGAUGUGGCCCUGGGUGCCAGCCGGGCAAGCACCAACCUCACCCCGGAGGGAUUUAAUGUCGGAGAGCCCAUGGACAGUCAAGGGGGUCCUCGGCAGAGGGACAGCCCAGCCCCGGUGCUCUGCCACACGGCAGAAAAGGCCAUGGAUGGCAACAAGCUGUCACUUAUUAAACACCUUUUAUCCCAGCAGCUCUCCAGUGCCAGCUCGGACGGGAGCAGUGCAGCCCGCAGUGUUCGUGGGACAGCCAUGGUCACCCCAUCCUUCCUCCUGCAGAAACCCCAGCAACUGAGCUUUGGAAUCAUGGCUGAGGCUUUGAAUGGACUUGAAACCAGUUCGGAGAGUGCUGCGCACGGCGGAGAAGACAACAAUGCCAGCUGGGAGCAGUACCUGGAAAGGAGAACCCUUCUUCUGCAGUUCCUGCGCUCCGACCUGAGCCUCCACAACCUCCAGCACCACUGGAACAACGUCGAGCUUCUGAAGAAGUGUUACUUUUACUUGGAGAUUGAGCCCAAACACGUGAACGUGAGAGACCAGAACGACGUGCUGCAUUGCAUUGACAUCUUGCAAGUAAUAGACCCCAUCCGACUGGAGAGGGUGAAGAAAGUGGGAAAAAAACAGACUGAAAUCCAGCUGUUUCUUUUAACUGAGCUGCUAGAACAGCUGAAACGGGGUUGGGAGGAGCUGAGCUGUUACGUAGAGACCUGGGAUGUGAUAACUUUCCUCUCCAGGUGGGACCUGAUUGUGCAGAGAGUGUCCCAGCUCUCCAUGUCGAUGAAAAAUCUCCGUUCCUUGCAAGAGCCAGGAAAGCUCUAUAUCAAGCACCGUUUGGUCUCACAUGCAGGUCUUAGAGGCACCGGGCUCUCCAACAUUAGGCUUUCUCUCUAUACGAAAAGGCCACUGAUUUUUGAUCGAAAAGAAUCAGUUGCACACAAGGACUGGGCCGAGCUCAAGUGGUUUACCGAAAACCAAGAGUCACACGUCGAAGAAUGUGAACUGCACGUUAAGUUGCUGACAAACGGGAGUCAGACGGAAGUGGGAUACGGUAGGCUUCAGCAAGUCACCUCCAACACAUGCAUAGUCCAGAACCUGCAGCCUGGCAGCUCGUACGAAUUCACCAUUCGAAGACUGCACACUCUAACGCUUGUCUUUGUAAGGUGGCACGAUAGCAUUACGCUGAAGACAAAGAAUAACGUUGUUGAAGACGUGGAAGCAGCCCCUAAGGCACCAGAAUGA